CGAGAGGGAGGAGGGGGAGGGAUGUGGGGCUUUUGUGACAUGCUGGUUUUGUGGGAUGCAAUCCCCGGGAUGGAACGGGACGCCGGCGCUGUAGUAUGCCACUGUCUACCGCCCCGGCGGCGUUCAUGGUCAUCGUGAACGUCAGCGGAGUCGGUAUUGACGCUGGAUGCUUUCGGACGUAUCCGCCGCGUUCUUUCUCCGCCACCAGGGGAAUGACGCUCUCGACGAGAUGGUACCGAGCCGCUUCGUUCGAAAGUUCGUCGACAAACACGUAUGAACACAGCUGCUUUCGACCUGACGAUUACUACGUGCUAAACUUGUUGCACUGCGCGAAUGGUAUGGGAGAUUCAAGGGUAGAAAGAGAUCGUUUGGGGACGGUACACGGCGAAAACCAGAGCCCUUCACGACGAGUCGUUAGGUCCUCCGCCCAAAGCGGCAACCAUAACCCACAGCAAACAGGAACCGUCCACCUUGUACACAACACAUAAUGUUUUCGGGGGGCGCGAGCACGCUGCCAUAACCCCAUCAGUCAUCGCACAUUUGCAUUCAGCAAUAGAACACAAAACAUAAUAAAAAAACGA